UGGGGAAAGGUCCAUCCUGCUGGGGAAAAGGUCCAUCCUGCUGGGGAAAAGGUCCAUCCUGCUGGGGAAAAGGUCCAUCCUGCUGGGGAAAGGUCCAUCCUGCUGGGAAAAAGGUCCAUCCUGCUGGGAAAAAGGUCCAUCCUGCUGGGAAAAAGGUCCAUCCUGCUGGGGAAAAGGUCCAUCCUGCUGGGGAAAGGUCCAUCCUGCUGGGAAAAAGGUCCAUCCUGCUGGGGAAAAGGUCCAUCCUGCUGGGGAAAAGGUCCAUCCUGCUGGGGAAAGGUCCAUCCUGCUGGGGAAAAGGUCCACCCUGCUGGGAAAAAGGUCCAUCCUGCUGGGAAAAAGGUCCACCCUGCUGGGAAAAAGGUCCAUCCUGCUGGGAAAAAGGUCCAUCCUGCUGGGGAAAGGUCCAUCCUGCUGGGAAAAAGGUCACUCUUCAUUUGAGGCCUACAGCACUACGGUGCUGCUCAACGAAAUCCUAUCAUGCCAGUCAGUGCCACACCAGGGGCUUUGUAGCCCCAGACCUGUGACUACUGGAGCGUGGCCCAGACGUGUGAAUGCUGGACUGUGCACUGAUGCAGGGCGUAUGAACUUGACUUGUGCAAUCAUGUAUUUCACUGAGUGGCACUGUAGUAUUCACUGUAGUAUUC